CUACACAGACGGCUCCUGCUGUCCCAGAAAAGACCGUGCCCAGAGAUUACCGUCAGCAUUCUUAGUGUGCCAACGCAGUCCUCUAACAAAAGUCUCUUCGUCAAAGCAUUUCUGUGUCUGCACAGCUCUACACGUAACAAGAUAUGAAGAGGAGACCAGAGUUGACUGAGGGAGGAAAACUUCCUCUGCAUGGAAAAUGACACUUUCAAAUAUCAAAUCCGAAGACUGGGCAUACUCUCUGAUUACACUAGGAACUGAAAUGUUAAGUUCUUUUUUCAGUUUCUACUGUGUGAAACUUUUCUUGGAACUGUACAAGAUUUCAGAGUUGGCCUUCUAUCAAUCCCAGGUCAUUUUAAUGAUCUGGAAUGUUCUGAAUGACCUGAGCGGGUAUUUUCUAAUGAACUCUCAGUAUGAGUGCUGUCUAAGUUACCGCUGUUACCUGUUUGGAGCCCUUCUGCAUGCAGCAGCCUUCCUGCUCCCUUGGUUCCCUUGGAGACACUAUCAAGAAGGUGACUGGCUCAAUGGACUUCAUCUAGUCGUCUCCCUGUGUGCGUUUGACAGCACCCUUACCUGGGUGCAGCAAGCCCAGUGCCGCUUGUUUGCAGAGACUUUCCCCAGGCACAAGAGCAGGCUACAACUGAUGAAGAUCAACCAGGCCGCAUCCCUGCUGGGCUCCACCAGUGUCCUCUUCUGUGGUCUCAUCUCCCACAACAUGGAAAUCCUGCCCAAUUUUCAGGUCGCCGCCAUCGUCACUGCCUUCCUGGCAGCUACCAGCCUUUACAGUGGCAUGUUCCACAUGAGGCAUUUUGAAUGUAAAAGAGACCCAAAGGAAGCCUUCCUCUCUGAGAGUGAACAGGAGCUGGCGUGGACCUCCGCCAUCUUACCCAUGAGACAAAUCUUGUCUCAGAGAAACUUCCACCUUUUCCUCAUCGUGAAUUUCUUUCAAGUCUUCCAUUUGACCUUCUUCAGUAACUUCAUGAUGAUCUUUGCAGAUAACCUCAUUCCCACAGAGGCUCUCUCUUCUUCUGCAAGGAGCAUCAUGUAUGGGGCUGGCUUCAUCUGCCCUCAGUGCCUGGUACUUCUAGGUCAGUCCUGGCUGAAGAAAUAUGGUUACUAUAAGAUUAUCUUAAUUUCUUUCUACCUGGAAGGAGUGGCCGCCAUUGUCAUGUUGCUUCUGGGACAGGAGUGCUAUUACUGUUUGGCUGUUUAUCUCACUUUUAUCACGGUGAUUGUUCACGCCUCUUUUUGCUUAUUUAACUUGCCACUGGCUGACAUGGUUGAUGCAGAUUUACUGAAGUUUAACAGGCAGUCUCCCCUUUCUUUGAUGGUUUUUGGCAUCAGCGCUUUGUUUACCAGGCCUGCCCAGUCUUUGGCUCCCAUGUUGAUACUGUCUAAGCUAAACCAGUAUGGAUAUGGAGAGCCCAACAACAGAAUGCUUUUAGAUCUUCAAGACACCAUGUUUAGUUUGGUUUGCGUGGUCCCCUUGGGCAUCGCCAUGGUGCAGAUUCUGACUUGGAGCUCCUUCUCCAUCAGGAACAGAGCAGACUACUCAGGGACUGUGUAA